AUGUCGUAUACAAAAUCAAUUGUAAGAGCUGUGAUGCAUCAUAUGUUGGUCAGACCGAAUGCAUCCAUACACUAUUGGUUGGAUAAUGGUUGUCCACCUAAAAAACUAAUCCUUGGAGUGCCAUUCUACGGCAGGACCUUCACUCUCGCCAAUAAAAAUCAGAAUGGUCUUGGAGCCCCUGUCACCGGACCAGGAACUGCCGGUCCGUACACUCGCGAGGGUGGCAUACUUGGAUACAAUGAGAUUUGCGAGUUCUUUAAGCAGGGCGGUUGGACAAUUGUUCGUCAAGAAGAGCAUCGCAUUCCAUAUGCUUAUAAGGAUAAUCAGUGGAUUGGCUAUGACGAUAUAACUUCUCUUAACGAAAAAACUGACUACAUCAACACCUUGGGUCUCGGUGGCGCGAUGUUGUGGAGUAUCGAAACUGACGAUUUUUUCGGCAAUUGCGGUGAAAAAUAUCCUCUGCUGAAAACAUUGAAUGUCAAUCUCAAAGGACAGGUUCCGGUAGAACCACCUAAGCCAACCUCCACGAAACCUCCGCAAACGACGCAACCACCAGAAACAACGCCACCUGUGAUUACACCUCCCAAUGAUAUUUGCAAGGAAAAUGGUUAUGUUCGCGAUAAACAAGAUUGCAGUGUAUUCUAUCACUGCAACAAUAACGUUUUCUACAAAUUCGAAUGUCCUAGUGGAUUAGUUUUCGAUCUUAAAAACAAUGUUUGUAAUUACAAAAAUUCUGUUCCUGAAUGCAAUUAAUGAUAAUAUACGAU